AUGACUACCAUUGAGCGGCCAUUUAUCCGGCCUUUUAUGUUCGUUAUGCCGGAAAUGCUAGCUGAUUGCGUACUCAUCACUCGUCCAGUGAAUGAACUCCAUGCUAUACUGCUUGCGAAACUCAAUCAACUCGCAGAAAUGAUGAAUAGAACCGAAUGGGAUGCUGAAUGUCAGACAUAUUGGCAAGAGUUUGGUUUGCCAGCAAAUUGUCAAAUAGUCAUGCUGACAGAGGCAGUGAGGGUUCAAGCACAAUGCAUAUCGGCUAGAGCGCUCCGUCACGAUGCUCCGGACGCUGCUGCUGAUGAACGUCAAUUACGAUCCAUGAAAAAGUUAUUCAAGAUGAAUGCUGAUGCAGAUUUGUUGAAAAAGCCGGGUGGAGUAGCGUUUGCUGCACAGGUUUGUACAUCAUGGUACACGAUUUCGAGUUUGUUUUACCCAUAAUG